UGAGCGCAGAGUAGAAUGAUAAUUUUAGAGCGAAUGGCAAACAGGAGUCAAGGCAUGUUUGUCGGUAGUAAGUCCUCGGAUAGUUUGGAUUUGCGCGCAUGCAUACGGGUGGUUCUCAGAUGUGACUUCCUUUUCUCCCCCCACCUUGUAAAUGGUAUUGCAGGUUAAGGACAAAAUAAGAAGUAUAUCAGCGAAUAAUAACUUAACUGCUUAGCUGUUUUUCAAGUUACAAGACUAGGUGUGAAACUUUUUCUAAGUAGGUCUACACAGAAGUAAUAGUCAUCGGUGCGCGUUAAAGUAGCCUACUAAAGCAUGGCAGAUAAAGGUUCUGUUUUAACUUCGGUCAUUCUAUUCUACAUAUGUAUUGGAGCGACGAUAUUUCAAAUCCUCGAAGAACCGCACUGGCACUCAGCAGUUGAUAAUUAUAAAAAGCAAAAGGCAGUUAUCCUCGAGAAACAUCCUUGUUUAACAAAAGAAGACUUGGACAAAAUUAUUGAGGUUGUAGCUACUGCAGCAGGCCAAGGUGUGACAAUCACAGGAGAAAAGUAUUUUAAAAGUUGGACCUGGCAUAAUGCUGUUAUCUUUUCUGCUACCAUCAUCACCACCAUAGGUUAUGGACAUGUUGCUCCAAAGACUGCUGGUGGCCGUGUCUUCUGCAUCCUCUUUGGGCUAUGUGGCAUCCCCCUGUGUCUUACUUGGAUCAGUGAGCUGGGCACGUUCUUUGGGAGCAGAGCUAAGCGCCUCAGCCAGGUGCUUCUCCACAAAGGCCUCAGUGUGAAAAAAGUCCAGCUUGUCUGCACAACUCUGUUCCUGUUAUGGGGCCUGUUGUUUCACCUGGUAAUCCCACCCUUUAUCUUCAUGGCUGUGGAAAAAUGGACCUACCUGGAGGGCCUCUACUUCUGUUAUAUCACCUUGACUACAGUUGGAUUUGGGGACUAUGUUGCAGGUGUAAACACAAAUGUGGAGUAUGAGCCACUGUACCGAUUCUGUGUGGAGAUGUGGAUUUAUAUGGGGUUGGCAUGGCUGUCCCUAUUCUUCAGCUGGAAUGUGCACAUGGUGGUAGAAGCCCAUAAAGUCCUGAAGAAAAGGAGGCAGAUGCAUCACAAACAUUUCCCACACAACACAGAUGAUCGGAUGAAAAAUGCCCUGCUCCCUCAUGUCUCUAGCAUUGUUGAUAUUUUCAAGUUCAUGUCUGAGAAAGGUGAAGAUUACAGUGACGUCAUCAGAGCGAUUGGCAUGGCUGAGAAGAGAAGAAAGCAGGAAGAAGAGGAGCUGACCCGCUCCAAGAGCUGCAGUGAUCUUCUCAAACAGAUGGUGGUAUCACUUGACCACUUCCCUCGACAGAAGCGGAGGUUCAGCAUUGGAGAUAAUGUCUACAUGAUUAUCUCUAGGGUCAGGGCUUCCAGUGGUGAUAUGGAAGAGCAAAGACCACUGGAACCCUUCAGGACCAAAGACCUUCAGGAACCCAAUGGAGACCCAGAAAUUGGAAUGCAGAGCAGUGUAGACAAGAUAGAUGUGGAAAUACCGUGGCAUUGUCCAUUGGAUUCCAAACAGUCCUGUUUGUCAGUGGCCCAGUACCCCAUUCAGAGCUCUAUCUUUACCAUUAAGUCUGAUGAGAACACAGGACUCCAACAAGAAACAAGAUUCUCGGUGGUCAGAGUCGAUGAGGUUGAUUUGUUAGAAAAGGGCCAGAGUGAGGAAGGGUCUGAUCACCGAAUCUAAAACCAUCUCCAUGGAGCGGCUUCACAUAAUUCUUAACUGUCAAAUUUGCAAAACUUGUCAAGCUAUGCUUCAGCUAAUUUAUGAGUUUUUACUUUGAGUCUGAUAAGUGUAAAUGGUAAGUAGAUUAUAAGAAUAUUGUUCAAUACCAAUUAAUACAGUAAUUUAUGUGGCCUGGAGCCCAUUUGAAAAGUGAUGCAGUCUGUGCAGCUGGUGAAAAGGACAACUCCCUGACAUGCUGUAAUAAGCAGGAAAAAAGGACGCAGAGAUCAAUAGCUGAACAAAGUAUUAGAGAUGAAUAAGUUGACAAAAAGGAGUAGGCAAUGCUAACAUUAUACUAAUAGCCAGGAUGCUAACAGUCACAGUCACUAUCAUCAUGCUAACAUUCAAGAUGCUCAGUACUGCACAGUAGCCUAGUAGUUUUUAGCUUCAUUAAAUACGGUUAUAACAUGUUUCAGUAGAAACAAAUGAUAGCUGCUAUUCAAUGAGCUGAAAUCUUAUUGAGUCUUAUUGAAGUUCUAACAUAUUUCCUCACAGAGUGAGAAAUGUGAAUGCUAGCAGAGUGGCAGAUGUCACAUUUAUAAGUAAAUGCAGAGACCAAUUUUAAAUGACAUAACUCAAAGUAAGCAUUCAUUAAGUUUCCUUAAUGUCCACAGUGUAAAAAUAUGGGACCUUUGCUUCACUUGAUUACUAUUUCUUUGGUUUGUUUUCAGCUGUUGUGUGUAGAAGUGUAAAAUAAUUAAUGCUUCUGAGAAAGUCUACUUAAAUAACAUAGCAGCAUUUGUAUCUUCAGGUUGUUUUUUGUUCCAUGUUCACUGUAAACAAAAUCUUGAUAAAUUUUAAGAUAGUUUGAAAAGAAAUAAUGCUAAAGCAGUUUAUUCUUCCUUUGAGUGUUUUAAAAAGGA